AUGGAACCACAAGACACCGAUACUGCUCACGCUUUACAAACUGAAAUCAACCAUUUCAUGUCAAUCCCAUGGUGUCGCUCGCACCUCUGUGAACCAAACUUCCAGCCUGUUGACAAACCCCGGGAAGCCACGCCAGACAAUGGACACACGCUAUUGGGCAGGACAUGGUUCACCAAGGAUACAAUUCCGCAUUUGCUCACUUUAUAUCGACAACCUUCUGCCACAGAGGGCUGGAGGGGCGAGCUUCGCAGAUUCCAUACAUUAGGCACGGGGCUAAACGAGCACCCCAAUGUCUUCCACGGUGGAGCUAUUGCUACCAUAUUGGAUGGUGCGCUGGGUGUUCUCAUUAGGUAUGCGACGUCCGAUGGGAGGCCAGCAUAUACGGUGACGCUGAACAUUACAUAUAAGAAAGCCAUCAAAACACCAGAGACGAUUAUGGCACGCUCAUGGAUCACAAGGACCGAGGGGAGGAAAAUUUGGGGUAGUGCGCAGAUUGAAAGCGGCACCGGCGAGCUCUACGCGACUGCGGAAGGGAUUUUUGUCAAGGCCAUUGCAAAGAUCUAG